CUGGUGCCGCACAGAUAAACAAACCCCCUGUUGCAUGGCUCUGUGGACCUUUAACCACUAACCCCGCCCGCCUCACUGCUGACAGACAGCUCCUUUUAAUGCCCACAGAAGUACCUCGGCUGAAAGAGGAUGAGUCCACUGAUGAAAAGUUAAAUAUAAGAGCGGAGUCCGCUGAGAGUGACCUGGUGUGAUAACUGCAUGCUGCAUGUCUGAUAACCUCCCAUCACCCACCUGCACUACUUCCUCUCAGUUCUGAUGCAUGGCCCUCCUUUAGAAAUCAAUACGUCUCGCCGUUCCUUGCAUGUUGUGCUGUGAAUGUGUCACGAUGAGGAAAGACAGGCAUAACCCUCUGGCACUGUCGUCCAAGAAACCAUGCCAGGGCCACGCGGACUAUGGACGAGAGCUGGAGAGGCUGCGUGCUGAUUGGGAAGCGGAGAAGAACCGAACGCAGCAGGAGCGCAGCCACCUCUCUGUGGAGCUUAGGCACCUGCGGGAGAAAGCAGAGAGGGAACUGCAGAGGGCCGUGAGGGAGCUGACGGCCAGGCGACGGUGCCAAGCGGACAGGCACCCUGGCAGACGCUGGCGUCUCCUGGCUGAGGAGGGGAGCAUUAAAGACAGUGGACGUUACAGUGAGUCCUCGGGGAACGAGGCUUUUUGUUUGUCUGGUGGAGAAACGUAUACAAAGUUGGAGCAGUUGCUGCUGACCCUGUACGAGAAGAUAAAUGGCGAGCAGCCAGUCUAUAAAUUGCAUGACAGGCAGGAAUUGAAGCUAGAGAAGGCCGUCUUCCUCUGCCACCUGCUAGACGCCCACGGGAGACUGUUGCAGGGGGGGAAGAGAGCAGGACCCCCCAGCGGCAUUUUUAAACGUCCCUCAAGAAAGCCAGCUCAGGGAGACUGCAGUAACUCCUGUCAGACGAAGCCUCUCCUAACCUGCUCCAGGACGUUGCAGCAGAGACCCCAGAGUGCCUCCCACUCCCCGAACACGAAAACCAAACAAGAUCGUCGAAAGCAGCCUUCAGGGAGUGCCCUCCGCGCGGCUGACCCCUGCACCACCGCUGCAGUCGUGGACACCUGUCGGAGCAAAAUUUGUCACCCUCACAACACUCCCCAUGCAGGCUGGGACGAUCAGCCCCCCUACUGCGCUGAGUCCUGUGGGUCAGACGGGUCACCGUCCUCCAAAUGCACGCACAGAAACAUGGAGAAUGGUACUGACUAUGGGUUCCUGGUGCGUCAGAACUCUGAACUCUUGCGAGCCCUCGAUGAACUGGAGAAGACUUGUACCACACUGAGGGAGGAGAAUGGCCUACUGCGGAAGAGCAGCGCCCCAGAGACUGAGGAGAAGGUCAGGCGGCUGAGGAGAAAGAACACAGAGCUGGCUGUUCUUGCUAAGAGGCUGGAAGAGAGGGCUCGAAAACUGCAGGAGGCCAACCUCAAAGUGGUGAAUUCGCCGUCACUGAUGAGACCUGGGUCAGUGGAACAAUACAAGAGGGCCUUUGCCCGUCAGCGAGCUCGCGACCUUGCCCAGCACGCCGAUGCACUGCUGUCUAAGGACAAAGAGAUUGCUGCCCUACAACAAGAGUGCAGAGAGCUGGAGGCACGGCUGGGCACCACCAAGGGCUCCCCGGUUCCAUCUGGCCGAGUGGAAUUUGAGAGGCUUCUCAGGGAGUCUCAGAGGGAGGUGCUUCGGCUUCAGAGACAGCUGUCGGUCACAUCAACCAAACAACAGCACAACUAUAGUCCCCAUGACCCUGGUGGCCCAGAGAAGUGUGAGGAAAUUGUGGAGGAGGACGAAGAAGGGGAAGACAAGGUUGUAGGAGAGACCCCGUGUGUGGUAUUAGAUGAAGCUCCAUCCAGGUGUGAGAAGACUCCCGGAGAGGAGGAGGAGUCGGGGCUGCGAGUAACGCCCCAACCGGGCCUUAGCCCGACCCCCUCCCAUCAGGAGGAACACACAGAGGAGCAGCACCUACAGUUUCUGGAAAGUGAGCUGUGCAAGAAGAGAAAAGAAUGUGAAAACCUUGAGCAUGAAGUAAAGAAGCGACAGAAGAGAUGUCUGGAUUUGGAGAGCCAGCUUGAGGAUGAGCGAGGCAAAAAUGAGCAACUAAAGGAGGAGGCAGAUCUCCUCAGGAGGAAGGCACAGCUGCUCGACCAGACUCGGGCUGAGAAUGAGGAGCUGAGGGAAGAUCUCUCUGAAGUGACCGCUCAACACAAGUCAGUUCUCGAGGAGAACCAGAGACUCCGUGCCAAACUGGAGAACCUAGAGCAGGUCCUAAAGCAUAUGCGAGAGGUCGCCGAGCGAAGGCAGCAGCUGGAAUUGGAACAUGAGCAGGCACUGGCUAUCCUUAAGUUCAAACAGGAUGAAAUCAAACGGUUACAGCGGGCUCAGUUAUUCGCCAAGAGGGAGCAUGAGGGAGUGGUUCAGAUGCUGGAGGAGUUGACUCAGCUUGUGUUGCGGAGGGAGCUGUCAAAGGUACGAGAUCUGGAGGAGAAAUGUCGCAGCCAGAGUGAACAGUUUGGCUUGCUGUCCCAAGAGUUGGAGAAGUUUCGACUGCAGGCCUCCAAGGUGGACCUGGCCGGCUCUAGCCUCCUUAACAAUCCCAGCCUCUCUGUUCUGACCAAUGGGGUGGGCCUGACUACUGAACGAGACUGCACUGGUGGCUCAUGGGAUAUGGUGUCUCUGGGUGAAAUAGCCUUCUGGAGUCUCGAGGGAGGUGACACUCUCUCCUGCCCUGAGGAUGUGACCGCUGCUCUGCGGAUGGGGGCCACCCCUCACGCCGCCGGGCUGUCCAGGGUGGAGCGAUCGCCAGUCACUAAGCACAGAGAGCUGCCCACCAUCAGCGUCAGCAAGUCAGGCUCCUCCUCCAGCAAGUCAGAGACCGCACACCUCACCCCGAGGUCCGACACCCACCUCAGUCCGCACAAAUCAAGCCCAACACAUGAGGUGGACACUGCCAGUGAAGUGGAGGAGCUGGACAUCGAUGUAGCCCCGGCACCUUACACAGCCAGCAGAGGAGCAGCAAAGCUUCAGGUCUUCAUUGCAAGAUAUAGCUAUAAUCCAUAUGAUGGCCCCAAUGACAACCCUGAAGUGGAGCUCCCACUCACUGCUGGAGAAUAUAUCUAUGUGUAUGGAGACAUGGAUGAUGAUGGCUUCUAUGAAGGUGAGCUAAUGGAUGGACGGAGAGGGCUGGUCCCCUCUAACUUUGUGGAACGCGUAUCGGACGACGAUGUCAUGAGCACUCACCAUCCAGAGACAGGGGACAUAUCCCAUAACUCCCUGCUAGACAGCAGUCUGCACAGUGCCAGCCACCAGCAUCACCUCCACAUGGGCGUCAGCGCCUCAGAAAGGACAGAGGUUUCUGCCGCCUCUGGCCCUGCCUCAGCCCCCUCAGAUUCAGCAUCGGCCUUGGCUGUCCCAGCCCCCCUCACCAACGGCCUGGACUUGGAUUUGGAGGAGGUGGGAGUGGACAUUGUGCCUUACCCACGUAAGCUCACCCUCAUCAAGCAGCUUGCCAAGAGCAUCAUCAUCGGCUGGGACCCUCCGUUGGUGCCGGCUGGGUGGGGCAAUGUGUGGAGCUAUAAUGUGUAUGUGGACCAGGAGCUGCGGCUCAAUGUGCCCUUCGGUUCUCAGACCAAAGCGGUGCUGGAGCGGCUCGACAUAAACCUCAAGGCCUACCGUGUGUCAGUGCAAAGCCUGACAGAGAAGGGCCUCUCAGACCAGCUGCGCUGCAGCUUGCUGGUUGGUCGGGAUGUUUGUGUGGCGCCCACGCAGCUGCGCGUGGAGAGGAUCACCGCCACCUCUGCCAACCUGACCUGGCUGUCCAGCAACAGUAACUAUGUGCACAUUGUGUCCUUGAAUGAUGAGGAGUGUGAGCUGGUGAAGGCUGGCUGCUACUCGCUGUGCCUCAAUAACCUCUUGCCCAGCCUGCAGUACACUGUCAAAGUGGAGGCACGGCCGCACCGCACGCCAUGGGAGUUACCUGUGGAGCGGCGUGAACACAGAAGCGCUACAAUCACCUUCACCACACUGAUGGCAGGUCCCCCUGAUGCUCCUCUGGAUGUACAGCUGGAGCACGGUCCCUCCCCGGGGAUUGCCCUCAUCAGCUGGCUGCCAGUCACAAUAGAUGCGGCAGGGACCUCCAACGGAGUCCGUGUCACUGGAUACACUAUAUAUGCUGACAAGAAAAAGGUGCUGGAGGUGUCUUCCCCAACAGCCGGCAGUGCCCUGCUGGGCCCCUCUCAGAUCCAGUCCCUGCAGGCAGCUCAGGAGCUCACUGUCCGCACCAUGUCCGCCCAUGGGGAGUCCUGUGACUCUUUUCCAGUCAAUGUGCCCUCCAAGCUGGCCACCAUCAUGGCAGGUCCAGCUAUCACCACCCCAGUUGUGCCACCCCUACCCUGCACCCCUGCAGAAUCCAGUAACCUGCCCUCACCACUGUCCUACGGGAACUCUGCUGCCAAAGUCUCCAUGCUGCCCAGCAGUUUGCCAUCAGACACACACAUCGCUGGCCUCACAGUGGAGGUUGCUGCCAACUCUCCUCAUGCUCUCCACUCAGAAGGUCUUCUCUCAUCUGCCUCAUAUGUGCAGGCCUGGGCCAACCCCUCGUCUGGUGCUGCCUUGGCUGUGUGUGAGGCCACACUACCAGUAGCCUCGACCAUUACUCCAGUGGUUAACGUGACCUCCCCCACCAGCUCAGCACCUCAACCAUCCCCAGUAGCAUCACCAGCACCUACACAAUCACUAGUGACGGCAGCAGCGACAGCAGUGUUGGAGCAGCGCAGAGACACAGACAGCCCUGGAUCAAUACGUCCUUUCCCAUCUAUCACAGAGUUCAUUGAGGAGUCCAGUGCCAAGCUCAGGACACCUGAGCGCAUCCCUUCCCCACCCAAAGCCCCGAUCACAGAACUCCUUAACCCUCAGGGCACUAACCUCCUCCAGCCCCCCUGCACUUCACCGCUGGAGUCCGAGGUAGAGGAGGAGCGAGAGAACACCCGCUUGGUGUCCAUUGAGGAGUUCUUGAGACAGGACCAAGAGCCAGCAUACUGUAGGACACAGCAGAGUUAUGGCAGAGGGCUUGUGGAGCCUUCCAGUGACCAGUACCAUGCAGACAACAGUCGUUCCGAUCUGUCUGACAUCCUGGAGGAGGAAGAGGAGGAUCUUUACUCUGACCACCUCGGUGAAGCACAGGGCAGAGGCUACCACGUUGGAGCUAACAGGUCACGCAAGUUGGAGACCCCAGACAGUGAUGAAGACGUUCUUGAGAGGAUUCUAAAGUUGCCUCCUCAGGUCUGCCACAACAAGCAGCUGUUCAUCAUUCCUGAGGUGACAGAGGAGGAAGAUAGCAGUCAGGAAGAGCAUUACACCCACAGUCAGCCUCGACCCAGGUCCAGCCACGUUCACCCCAGAGACUCAGAACGCCUCCAUCAUGCCCCCCAGCACCACUCACAUCACCCCAACCCACACGCUCCCCCUCACCAUCACCACUACAACAGGGAUCCCAGAUCUCUUACCAAAGAGCCUUUACUCAGGCACGGACCCUUGCAGGUCAAGCCUAAGACACAGCAUAGGGUGCACUACGCAGACACAGUUGACACCAUCAGUUACCCUGAAGAAGAAGACAUGAGUUUAUAUGAGGGUCGCACCAGCAGGCGGGUCUCGGUCCGCUGUCCUCCCCAGCCGACCCCCAACAGCAAAGAAAGAGUACUGCUCAGAGGGCUAGGGGACCGCCUUAGGAGGGAGGCCAUGCUCAGGAGUCAGAUGGCUGUUGCCGCGGCAGCCAACCCCGGCUAUGGUCUUACCCCGCCAAGACCCUACCCAGUCAGCAAAACAGUACGGUCACCUGUCAGUCGCGGGGUGGAGAUUGACGUAGAGUACGGCACAGAUGACAACGAGGAGCCCGUGGAGUACGGUCCCAGGGAGGUGGUGACGGAGCAGAUGAGCUCUGAGUGGUGGGUAGAGGGGGCUCAAAUGGAGCCCUGCAGACCUCUUCACCGCCGAGGGCUGAAGGCCGAUCCACUGGACUCCAGCCAAAUCCCUCCAGCUGAUGCAGGUCCGUCGUGGGGAGCCCAGGCUGAGCUUUCUUCUAAACCAGCAUGCUUGCAUGCCAGGCAACUCAAAGGUGGUGUUGAUUCGUCAAAGGUGAAAGGAGACAGUGACAUACGCAUCUUUGUGGCCCUGUUCCCUUAUGAUCCUGCCACUAUGUCACCCAAUCCUGAUGCUGCUGAGGAAGAGCUGCCAUUUACUGAAGGACAGAUCAUCAAAGUUUACGGAGAUAAAGACCCAGACGGGUUCUACCGAGGAGAGUCUGGUGGUCGUCUGGGCUUUGUGCCAUGUAACAUGGUGUCUGAGAUCCAGGUGGAGGAUGAGGAGACCCGGCAGCAGCUCCUGCAGCAGGGCUUCUUGUCCACAGCGGCCUCCAUGGAGAAGAUAGGCACUCGCACACAUGCACAGCUUCCGCGUCGCCCUGUUCCACCGCCGAAACCGAGACGAUCCAAGAAAGUGGAGUCUGCAGCACUCUGGGAGGAGAGCGUAGACUCCUCCAGCCAAGAUCCCAGCCAGACUGCCGCUGCUGCUCAAGCUGUGGGGAACCUUGCCCCAGGAGCUCGCAGGAUGGUCGCCAUCUUUGAUUAUGAUCCACGAGAGAGCUCCCCCAACACCGACAUAGAGGCUGAGCUGACCUUCAGUGCAGGAGACAUCAUACACGUGUUUGGUGACAUGGACGAAGAUGGCUUCUUCUACGGAGACUUGAAUGGACACAGGGGCUUAGUGCCCUCCAACUUCCUGCAGGCCUUACCAGAGGAUGCUCCAGCAGAACUGGUCUCUGCUCAGCCUGCACCAGAACCCAAGAAAGAAUCACAGGGUACCUUGACGUCUUCUACAGAGCCACAAGAUCCUGGGCCCUCGACACUAGAAGAGGCUUUGGACCCCCAAACAGAACCUACUUUCACUGACCCAACAGAGCGCACAGACCCACAGCCCAAACCGGCAAGCCCCACUGCAAGCCCCACUGCAAGCCCCACAUCAGACCUGGACCCUGCUCCAGGUCCAGCUGCAGCGGAGACCUGCUGCUCCCCUCCAGCCCCCCUCCCAGCAACAGACAGCCCGACACAGACUGACUGCUCUGCACAAAGCAAGAAGAAAAAAGGCUUUUUCUCCAAAGGCAAGAAGCUGUUCAAAAAGCUGGGAUCCAGCAAGAAAGAAUGAGAGUCAGGACAUCUGACUCUGAAUCCUCGCGUCACAUUGAAAGCACUUUUUCUAUCUUCACUGUUAGUCUCAGCUGGUAGUCGGCGCUGUUAGUGGCUAUCAGAUCUAAUAACUGAUGUUUUAUAAAUUAUACAUUUGCCUUAGAGCACUGCUAGACCCGCUGUCAAAUUUAGAGUACGUCAGCAUACAGCUUACAGCAUCACAAGAGCAUGUAGAAGCGCAUGUUGAAGUGUGCAAACUCACAAAUAUAUCUCUUCCUAAUUAUCUAAGCAUUUGCAAAUGUUCAACUCAUUAGAGGCUUUAAUGCUUGAUAUAAAACACUUAGUUAUUCCUAAUGGAUCAGAUUUAUGUAAAACAAUCUGAUACAGAAGGAUGUUGAAAAAGCAGAUCAGACUUCAGCCCAGGCACAGCUAAUGAAAUAUUAGCUUUAAUGUUCAUGUACUGGUGCCACUUUAUUUAUUUGAAGCGAACGAACAGAAGCAGCAGUCUAUCUCUUCCUCUUUGAGACUAUAAAGAAUGCACUAUCCAUCCUGAAUGGAUGUAUUUUAAAUGUCUGCUUGUCCCUCAUGUGUUUCUCGUCUUUAAGAGUAUUUAUACAGUACUUUGUACAGAACAUGUUAUUUAUUUGUAUCAGACUCUUGCCCUAAUCGUCACCACAUUGCAUGAAGUGACAUCGGAGCAGGAGGGUAGUCAUAGAGAGCUGUCAGAGACGGUGAUGAUCCACUUUGUGUAGUUUAGAUCUAAUCUAAUGAUGGUUUUUGAGGCUUAUUGAAGUUGAACAUAAUGUUUAAUGUUGAGAAUGUGAAGGCUCGCCCUUCUUUGGUGUGUGUGUGUGUGAGUGAGUGAGUGAGUGAGUGUGUGUGGGUGUGUGGGUGUGUGGGUGUAGAUGAAACUGCCCAGUCCACUGGUGAGACUGAAAACAGAUGCCUUUCUCAGACAUUAACACGGGAACUCUUGAUGUUCGUGACCACAGUCACAACUGGCCUAAAAUGUUGCAUACGACAUACUUUCCGUCUGUGUGUGAGUGUGAGAGAGAGAGACCUGCAGCGUGUACAAAACAAUGUAGUACCUACCGAUUGUUAUCUAAUAGGGCUGCAACUAAUGAUUAGUAUAAAAUCGUUAUCAAUCCAUCCUUUGAUUACUUUUUAAAAAUAUUGUUGGGGGCUUUUAUGUCUUUAUUUGAUAGGACUGAGGAAUAUAGGCAGAAAAGGGCUGCAGGUCUGACUCUAACUCAGGCCGCUGCGGUAAGGACUCUACCAGGUGAGCUACCAUGUGCCCCCUUUUUUGAUUAUUUUUGUCUAUUUAUUGAUUAAUUGUUUGGUCUAUAAAACAUCAAAAAGCGAUGAAACAUGCCCACGUUGCCCAUAUACGUCAAGAUAUUCAAUUUAUUAUAAAGUAUGACAACAAAAAUCAGCAAAUUCUCACAUUUGAGAACCUAAAAUCAAAUAUUAACAAUUAAUCACAAUAAUUUUAAAUACAUUUUUUUCUUAAUAAACUAAUCCCGGACCCUAACCCACAAUUGAAAAUAGUUGGAUUGUUUCAAUAAUCAAUCGACUAAUUGCAGCUCUAAAAAGUUACAAUACAGAAAAUAUUAGUUUGUCCAGAUUCAAGUGCAGCAAGGUUCUGUCCUGCUGAGAUUAAUAACCACAGCAAUUAGCAGCGCCAUGCUAACCAUACAGUCUGUAGGCCUUUGGGGUUCAGUAUUGAACGAAGCAUGUUGUGUGUUUUUAAAUAUAACUAUAUAAAAACUAAGUUUUCAGUUAUGGCACUGGUGGUUUGUGGCACUGCUGUACUGUGAUAGACUCUGCAAUAAGUCUGUUUCUUUUCUUUUUGCCUCCAUGUUAAGAGUGUAAUGAAGUUCAACAUGCGGUGUGUGAAUAUUGGGUCAGACAGGCUAGAAACAGUGUUAGAACCUCUCCAUCAGCCCAUGCAGUGUAGUGGUGAUGAGUGGUUUAAGCGUAAGUGUGCUGCAAUACUAGAACAAAAAAGACAAGCAUUCGGUAUCUUUCAGUGGUUUGUGACAGCUUUACUGGACUGAAGAUGUGUGGAUGUGAAUGUGUGGAGCAGGCCUUAGUAUUCAGUCAGUCAGUCAGUCACAACACAUGCAGUGAUUGUUCCCUCCAUCCGAUUGGUUCUUUUAUUUGUGUGACACAGGGCUGUUCGGUAACUUCUCAGGUUUAACUUGUAGUUUCUUAUUAAUGCUGAGCCACCUGUGGACUCAAAAACUGCAGAAUAUGCCAAAAUCUUAGGUGCUUUGCCUGUUACCAUAGCUAUGUGAGACCAAGCAUCUGGUGGC